GAAUUAAUAACAGCCAAUCGAAACGCGGCAGGGCAGCAGCCUGCAACCGUUACACACCCACAGCACUUUUGUGUCAACCACUUCGCGGGAGUUGUCAUUUCGGUUGCAGACGUCUCUUUAAAAUUAGAGAAACAGCACACUCGACUAGGCAACCAUGUCUGACAGAAAAGCCGUGAUCAAAAAUGCUGACAUGUCGGAGGACAUGCAGCAGGACGCAGUGGAGUGUGCCACACAGGCCCUGGAGAAGUACAACAUCGAGAAAGACAUCGCUGCCUACAUCAAAAAGGAGUUUGACAAGAAAUACAAUCCAACCUGGCACUGCAUCGUUGGGAGGAACUUUGGCAGCUACGUGACUCAUGAGACCAAGCAUUUCAUUUACUUCUACUUGGGUCAGGUGGCCAUUCUCCUGUUCAAAUCCGGCUGAAGAAAGGACUUUUCUCCAUACCAGCUGACUACACAUCCAGUACUGACUGACUCUACAAAAGGCACUAAUCAUUCCUUGGCGAGAGGCCGCUGCCUAUUUUACGUGCUGCUUUCUACUUGGUGUUUUUGAGGAUUUAAAAAAAAAAAUGUGGCCAUGUUAAAGAGAUGAAAUACUUGUAUUUAUUUUUGUCUUGUUACAUUAGACAUGUCAUUUUUUUUAAAUAAAGCAUAGCUAUGAAGCUGUCAUGCUCCAAUGGCUGCCGGGGUCACUUCAA